AUGAGCAAAAUAAAAGAUAAAAAUAAAAAAUUCUCCAGUGCAGUAUAUCCUCUAAAAAAACAAACAAAAGAUACAAAAUUAAAAAAUAAUACUAUCAAUAAUAAUAACUUUUUAAACAACUCGAAUAAAAAUGGUUGCAAAGUGGAGGAAGAUAACUUAAUUAACAAACUGACGGAGUUAAAUUCAAUUUUACAAGAUAAUAAAGAUGAGAUAAACAACCUCAAACAGGAAAAUGAUGCCUUUUCAUCACAAAUUACAAACUUCGUCAAGAAGUGCAAGGAGCUACAACACAUAUACGACGAAAAAGAAAAAGAGGUGAUUACAUUAAGAAAAAAUGAAAAAAAGCUGUUGCAAGAAUUAAAUAAAUUUCAUUGUGAAAAAGAAGAGUUAGAAGCAGAAAUAAAACAUUUACUACAUAUAGAUAAGAAUAAAAAUGUUGACAUUAAUAACAUGAGUGAACAAAUAACAGUUUUAAAAAAUGAAAUAUACGAAAAAAACAAUGAAAUUGGUACAUUAAAUAAUAAUGUAAAACGUUUGGAUGAGAAAAUAAUAUCUCUUCAAAAUGAAAAUGCAAAAAAUAAACAAGCUGUUUGUAAUAAUUUAAAAAGACAAGAUAAAAUAAAUGAGCACAUGAAUGCAAAAGAAAGUGAAAUUACUACAUUGGAGGAAAAAAUUCAAAAAUUAAAUAAGAAUAUAAAAGAAAAAAUAGAUGAAAAUGAAAAUUGUAAAAAGAAGAUUCAACAACAGAAUAGUAGAAUAACAUAUCUUACUGAAAAAAUUCAGAAUUUAGAAAAGGAUCAAAAAAAUGAUAAAGAUAAACUUAAAAAAUAUGCAGAAAACAUUAAAGCAUUAAAAAAAGCAAAUAAUAAAAAAGAUGAACAAAAUAAAGAAUACAAAAUAGAAGUAGAAAAAAAGGUGCAAGAAGAUGCUAUUUUUAAUGCUCAAUUUUAUAAUUUAAGUAAAAAAAAAGAUAAAAAUAAAAAAAAGAGGAACACUCAGGAUAGCUGUGUUUUAACAGCUAAUGUUAAGAAUAAAGCUAAAAUGCGAGAUAAAAAUAGCUCAUGCAAACGUCCUAGUACUACUAGAAGCAGCAGCAGAAGCAAUAGUCAUAGUUGUGGUAGUAGUAGCAGUAAUAUUUACGACGAAGAAAUUGUAAGCUUUUCAAGCCGGUACAAUUUAAAUAAAAAAGCAUGA